UUCAGUGAAAUGUUGCAAAAAGACCCCACAAACUUUCCGUCUUCUUCUUUCCCUUUCUCUUCAGUGAAAUGUUGCAAAAAGACCCCACAAACUUUCCGUCGUCUUCUUUCCCUUUCUCUUCCACUUUCAUUUCCAUGGCCGAAUUCCAAGGAGAGAAGAACCAUAACGAGACAUACACGGAGAGAAUCUCAAGCUUAGAAUGGAGCAAAGCAAGGAAGACGAUGAUCGAAGAACAAGCAAAUGUCGAAUUACAAUCUCUCCAACUUCUUUACCCCAAUCGUUUCGAAUACCUAAAGCUUGAACUCAAAUCCUUCAUCCAUCUCCUUCAAUCGCAAUCCGAACAUCCUUUUCCCCAGCCCAACUCUAUCUUAACCUCCAACCGCUCGCCGUCGCCGUCCUCUUUCGGCCCUGAUACGCAAGAGUCGAGUAGUUGUAGGAAGAGGAGGAAGGUGGAGGAAGGAAGAAAUAGUAGAAGAAAUGGAUUACAGAGAGAGGUUGCUGAAUCUGAAUCAAAGAUCGGUCGGCGGAAGGAUAGAGUAGAAGUAGUUUUGGAAAGAGCCGCAGUUUGUCUUUGCAAGAUUCGACGGUUCAAAAUGGCGCUGUUUUCCUCCGCCGGUUGACGACGGUGCUCCGUCUUCUUGACGCCUCGAAGGUGCUGCUCUCUUUGCUUUCACUCUCUUUCUCAUGCAUUGACAUUGCCUCACGUGUGAGAAUGUCGAAAUUUCGGUGAGAGGAUGAACUUCAAAUUUUGUGGGGCGUGUGAACGUUCUAUUUUGGUCCGAUCUUGCGGUAGAUGAAAAAAAAAAGAAAAGAAAAGAUAAAGUGAUAUUUUGAUUUUAAAAAGUUUAUUUUAGUCUUUCAAUUUUUACAAAUUA